AUGCCGGCGGUCUCUCCGCCUCCGGUUUUGGCAGGCGCGACGGCGGAGUGUAGUCUGGCUCCCAGUCCGGUCGUGUGUGAAGAGCUAUUGGGAGAUGGAAGAGGGUCAGGAGUGAGUGAGAUGGAUAUGCUCGGAUUGGAUCAGGUGGGUGAGAUUCAGAACGAGGUAAAUCAAAAAGGUGUGCUGGAGGGGAAGGGGGUCGAUGAAUCAGAUGGGAAGGUUGUGGAGACAGUCGAGGAGGGAAAAGAAUCAGAGAUGGUUCAGGUGAAGGAACCAGCCUUGAUUAUUGGUGUUGGGGGAAAGAAAAUGUCAUGGGCAUCGCUGUUCACCUUUGAUGAUGGUACCGGUGAGGAUCUCACGAUGGAAUAUAGCUUUCCAAGGCUGCCUCCUCGCUGUGGAGAGUGUUCGAGAUGGGGACAUGUCGUUAAAAACUGCCCACGAUCAAAGCAAAGUACGGAAGAAGCUGCACAAAACGGAGGAAAACCAACUGCUAGUGCAGUGCAAACCGUGCAGGUGGAGGCUGACACUGGAAAGCCAACGAUUCAACCGGCUACUAUUGGUUCAGACACACAGGAAAUUGAAAUUUCAAAACCAGAGAGUAUUGAGUUAUAUAAGGAAGAAGAGGAGAAAGUAGAUGAAGGAUGGUCUACACCAACGCGGCUAAGUAGGAGUCCGGGGAAACCAAAGGAUUUGCAAUAUGAAAGUGAUAAGGGUGAAGAGGGUGAGAUACUAGAUAUGGGUGACUUGAAGGAGAGCAAUAUUUUGCUGGAAACUGUGAAGAUGUCAGAGAUGUCGGCUUCACAAGUUAAUAGAAGUGAUGGCUUAAUGAGACUUCAGCAUCAAGUGGUGUCGGGUACUGAGUCUUUCGGACAAAGACCUUCUCUUCCUCGUGAUGCAAAGACUACACGCAAAGUUUUAGGCAAGCCACAAAGUAGUAGGGAUACGACCUCUACUACUUUAAAAUCUAGUACCUCUUUAAAGAAAAACGGUAUCGGAUCAGGGUUUAAUCAAAGCCGAAGCGGAGCAGUAUUUUCGAGAGUUCCUAUCCUUUCGACCCUCUUCUUCGGAGGUCUGGCCAGUGGAAGAACUUCAGGAGUUGCUGGAUUUUCGGUGUGA